AUGGCGGACGUCAAUCGCAGAGCGAGUCUCCUUGCCUGUUAUCUUCUUAUUCUUUCGAUUUUGCGCCGUAGAAGAGCUCGAAGAAUCCCACGAAGACACAGGUUUUGGGUUCGACAGAUAUAGAAGAGGCGAGAGGAAUUAGGAGCUUACCAUACUCUCUCGACAUUGUUUGCGCUUUCUGCUUCUUCACCAUUCAGCAUCAUCUUCGCUUUCAUCGCGACUCUGCACGUUUGUAACAGUGGAUGGUCGUUGUUGAUGUGGUUUGACAUCCAAUCCAAAUCACUGAACUCUGCUGGAGAGGGGACAGCAUCACGCCCAGAGCCAGAUGGAACAGACUUUUUUUUCUCAAGUAUCACCCAUACGCGGUUAGGGCAUUCUUUUAUUUUUUUUUUUCGUCUGCUUCAGCCGCGUCCAAGCCGAAUUUCUCUCCUAUUGCUUUCCAGAUAUUCAUUCUUAUAA